AUGGCGACUUCGCCUCUAAGAGACGGAGAAACCCCACAACCAGAGCAACAUCAGCACCAACAAGUAGUAGUUGGUCCGGUCUCGCCCAAAGGUGGGAAAUCUGUCAAUUCUUUUGGAAAUGCAAUGUCUGCAUUUAAUUUUACUUCUUUGACGAGCCCGCAAGUAGGCGGUGCGAGAUCAUAUUAUAGUAGUUCACAGAGUUUACCACAGUCUGCACAUCCAUCAUAUUCCGCAUCUCCAUUGAAUAUUCGACAACAAACCCUCAAAUUGGGUGAUAUCGGCUUAGGUCAAGAAAAUGGACAGGAUAGUGACGACACUGGCUCAAAAAACUCUGUAGGAUCACAUGAUCCAGAUCUACAAAAAAGCAAUCUGUCGAUGCUUUUGCAAACAACACCUGAAGGAGAACAUUCACAAAAACCGCAUCUUAUAUCAACGAUUCAAGAGGAAUCAGAAUCUGAUUCGAAGAAGACAAAUACAAAUCCAACAACCAAGGUUACACCACCAACUCCUUCGGAUGAUGUUGAUCCAUAUACAAGGCGACCUCAUUCUUACGAGAACAAAGAUGACGAGCAUCAGCCAUUAUUGAAAAAUCAAAUGGGCUUAGCGUCUAAUUAUGGGAAUGAUGCUGAUGGGGUUGAGGACGAUACAUUAGACGAAGAAGUUUGGGAAGAGAAACCAUGGUUUUCGUGGUUACCAUGUGUCAAUGACUGGGGUUACCUUCCGUUCUAUGUAGAAGAGGAACUUCCCUCUCGAAAAGUUCAUAUAACUCCACAGCUAAUUUUUGAACAAGUGAUUCUAAAUCCAAUCUCAUAUAUACCGGCAGUUAUCCUGGGACUACUACUAAAUUUACUUGAUGCCAUUUCUUAUGGUAUGAUAACUUUUCCCAUUGCACAACCAAUUUUCAGUCAAUUUGGACCUGAUGGUGUUUCUAUGUUUUUUGUCAGCACCAUCAUAUCUCAGUUGGUCUACUCCCUUGGCGGAAGUAUUUUUGGUGGUGGUAAUGGAAGUAUGAUGAUUGAAGUCGUGCCUUUUUUACACAUAAUGGCUGAAAUUAUUAUCCGAGAAGUGGGCGAAAAUAAUCCAAAGUCAGUUAUCGCUACAACUAUACUUUCAUUUGCACUUAGUACAAUCGUCACUGGAAGUGUAUUUCUCUUGCUCGGUGCCUUAAAGCUUGGCUCUUUAAUUGAAUUCUUCCCACGGCAUAUUCUUGUUGGAUGUAUCGGUGGUGUUGGUUGGUUUCUUGUAGCUACUGGGAUUGAAGUCGCAGCCGGUCUCGACGGAAAUUUAGAAUACAACUUGGAGAACCUCAAAUUAUUAUUUCUUAAUUUACAUAUACUAUCGUUGUGGGGUUCGGCAUUUGGGCUUGCUGUAUUAUUGAGAUAUAUUCAUAGCAGAAUCCAUCAUUCUCUUGUCGUCCCAUUCUUUUUUAUGCUUGUACCUCUGUGCUUUUAUUCAGUCGUUUAUAUAUUUGGUUUGAAAUGGGAAGACUUGAGAAAUGAUCAUUGGGUGUUUCCUUUGCCUGAGGACGAGGCUCCUUGGUAUCGAUUCUAUACAUAUUAUGAUUUCAAAGAAACAAAUUGGGGUGCUCUUGUACAGACUGUUCCCGCUAUGUUUGCAUUGACUUUCUUUGGUAUUUUACACGUUCCUAUCAAUAUCCCGGCUCUCGGCGUUUCAGUUGGCGAGGACAAUGUAAACACAAACCGUGAAUUAGUAGCCCACGGUUUUUCCAAUAUCCUAUCAGGUUUUGCUGGAAGUGUGCAAAAUUACUUGGUAUAUACAAAUUCUGUACUUUUCAUAAAAACGGGCGGUGAUAGUCGUGUAGCUGGUGUAAUGCUUGCCGCCGGCUCUGCGGUCAUUCUAUUCGUAGGCCCAUGGAUCGUAGGUUAUAUUCCAGUGAUGGUUGUCGGUGCUCUCAUUUUUCAUCUAGGAUUGGAUCUGCUAAAAGAGGCGUUGAUUGACACCUGGGGAAUUGUGAACAAGCUCGAAUAUAUCACCAUCACAGUGAUUGUCAUUGCAAUGGCAGCGUUCGGAUUUAUUGAGGGUAUAUUCCUGGGAAUUAUCAUGGCAUGCGUUUUCUUUGUAGUCUCGAAUUCGCGUAAAACUGCGAUUCGAGCCACUUAUUCUGGAAGCUCUGUAAAAUCCACAGUUCGUCGCCUUUAUCGUCAACAAAAAUUCUUAAAACAUGUUGGCAGCCAAAUUUUUGCCAUAAAAUUACAAGGAUACAUGUUUUUUGGAACAAUUAGCGGAGUUGAGAAUGCCAUUCGUAGGGUGUUGACUCAACAAGAAUGGCGCAGGAAUCCUAUUCGAUUCUUGAUUGUGGAUUUUUUUCUUGUGACUGGACUCGAUUUCAGUGCUGCUGAAGCUUUUAUUCGUAUUCAAAGACUUUUGCAGACAAGAGAUGUGUAUCUGGUGUUGUGUGGUGUGCAAGGGGAGUCUGAAGUUGGAAAAGCCUUAAUAUCGGUGGGCAUGUGGUGGGUAGUUGACGGGGCAAACGAAUAUUUACAAACUUUUGAGAAUUUCAAUGAAGCACUGGAGUGGUGUGAGAACAAGUUGCUGAAAGCUUAUUAUGUGCGUCGUAAUGCUAUUCCUCCACCUGAACCUUCUCCCAAUGAACUUGUAGUGCCACAUUCUCCUCCAAAAGACAUAAUGGACUUUGCUUCACCUCGACACAAGCUUGUACAGGUGGCAGGUCAAUUGACCUUACAAGAUGAAAAUAGUCAAGCGCAUUCACAUACCCAGCCCUUCGCACUGCUAGUACAAACCUUCCAAGAUAUAUCCGAUAAAAACGAUGAAUUCUUUCAUCUCCUUACACCAUACUUUCAUGAAAUUCGCGUCCCAUCAGGCGCACGUCUUUGGAAACAAGGUGACGCACCAGACUGUCUUUACCUUGUUGAACGGGGACUUCUUCGUGCAACCUUCAAAGCAGAAGUAGGCGACCAAGCAAAACCAGUCGAAAGCAUAUUACCAGGCACAAUGGCCGGCGAACUAGGGUUCUUUGCGGAUCGCCCACGAGAUGCAACAUUGUACGCUGAUAUGGAUUGUAUAUUAUGGCAGAUGCGAACUUCGGAUUACGAGAAAUUGUUGGAUAAGAAACCGUUGGUCGCAAAUGAGUUUAUGCGAUUAUCGUUGAAUUUUUCGGCGGAGCGGUUGGCUACCAUGACACAUUACGCUUUUCAUUUGGCAUAA